GAUGAUGAGUGAUGAUGAGGUUGUGUUGUUGAUAGAUGAAAUGAGAUCAUCAUAUUCAGGAAUAUCAUCAUCAUCAUCAAUAUGCAGAAUAUGCCACGAAGAAGAAUUCGAAAGCUCUAAAAGCCUUGAAUCCCCUUGUGCUUGUUCUGGUACUGUUAAGUUUGCACACAGAGAUUGCGUACAGAGAUGGUGCGAUGAAAAGGGGAACACAACUUGUGAAAUUUGCUUACAGAAAUUUGAACCUGGGUACACAUCUCCACCUGAGAAGAAACAGCUAAUUGAUACAACAGUAACCAUAAGGGGAAGUUUGCAAGUACCAAAUAGAAAUGAGCAAGAAGAAGAAAAUAGAGGAGAAAUUGUAGAAGCAGAGGAAGAGUCGGACUGCGAAUCUGCGGCCGAUAGAAGUGCUUCCUGCUGCAGAUCAGUGGCUCUUAUUUUGACAGCUCUGCUUCUAACGAGGCAUUUAUUUGCUGUACUUACUGGAGGUGCUGGUGCUUACCCAUUUUCACUCCGCACUGUGCUUAUUGUUAAGGCAAGUGGUAUACUACUUCCCAUGUACAUAUUGGUCCGGAUUAUAGCUGCACUACAAAACAGCAUUACACAUCAUUACCAGAAUACUGAGACAAGAUCUGACGAAGAAGAUGAAGAAGAAGGGCUGCAUAAUAACAUUGAUAGCCAAGUCUAGUGAAUAGGCAAAUUUGUUUAUAUUAUACCUUUUGUGCAUUUUACU